CUCUCUCCUAACGAAUUAGGUACAGACGCACACACAGACACAGAGAGACAGAGACAAACCCCAGAUCCCUUAUUCUCUGUUUGCUUAAACAAACGCCAUAUCUGACUUCGUUAUUUUUUAUAUAUUUCUCUAAUACAACGUAGAUGAAGAUACCCAUCAUCACAUUCUCUCUCUUCCUCUCAGUCCCACAACGGUUCUUGAUUGAAAGCUAAGUCUUUUCUCUCUCUGAUACAUACAAAGUGUGAAUGGCAAGACAAGAGCAACAACAACACCACAAAUAAUACUCAGAAGCACUUUCCUUAGAGACCCAGCAAAACCCAUAUUCCUCUGGUUCCUCAAUAUACACUCUGCUGCAGACCAUCAUCGUCUUGACCCUUAUUUAUAUUGCAUUCAUUUGGGCAUUUGGUGAUCUGGGUAUAUGAGCUGAGACAAUGUGGGUUGUAUUGGAGUGUUUUUAGGUGUUCUUGUGAGGGAUAUUUUCGGAUCUUGAUACUCAAUGGCGUUGUUCAGAAAGUUCUUCUAUAGGAAGCCGCCAGAUGGGCUUUUGGAGAUCUCUGAAAGGGUUUAUGUUUUUGAUUGCUGUUUUACCACGGACGUUUUGGAAGAAGAUGAAUAUAAAGUUUACAUAGGAGGCAUAGCGAGUCAACUCCGUGAACAGUUUCCUGAAGCUUCAUUCAUGGUCUUUAACUUUCGAGACGGAGAAAAUCAAAGCCUGAUUUCUAACAUAUUGUCUGAGUAUGACAUGACAGUAAUGGACUAUCCUCGACACUAUGAAGGUUGCCCACUUCUCACAAUGGAGGCGAUACACCACUUCCUGAGAUCAAGUGAAAGCUGGCUUUCACUCGGGCAACAAAAUGUGCUCCUAAUGCAUUGUGAACGAGGUGGGUGGUUGGUUUUGGCCUUUAUGCUGGCUGCACUCUUGAUUUACAGGAAGCAGUACACUGGGGAGCACAAGACAUUGGACAUCAUUUACAAGCAAGCACCUCGGGAACUUUUGCAGUUAAUGUCACCACUGAAUCCAAUGCCUUCACAACUGAGGUAUCUUCAGUAUAUAACAAGAAGAAAUGUGGGAUCGGAAUGGCCUCCACUGGAUAGGGCACUUACAUUGGACUGCAUUAUCAUAAGAUUCAUUCCUAAUAUGGAUGGAGAGGGAGGUUGCCGUCCAAUAUUUAGAAUAUAUGGACAGGAUCCUUUUAUGGCUGCUGAUCGGACUCCUAAAGUUUUGUUCUCAACUCCAAAAAGGAGCAAACUUGUACGGCAUUACAAGCAGGCAGAUUGUGAACUAGUUAAAAUUGAUAUACAUUGCCAUAUCCAAGGUGAUGUGGUUCUCGAGUGUAUUAGUUUAGAUAAUGAUCUGGAACGUGAAGAGAUGAUGUUUCGCAUCAUGUUCAAUACGGCCUUUAUUAGGUCCAAUAUUUUGAUGCUUAAUCGUGAGGAUAUAGACAUCUUAUGGAAUGUUAAGGAUCAAUUUCCCAAGGAUUUCAGAGCAGAGGUUCUUUUCUCGGAGAUGGAUGCUGCUACUUCUCUUAUAUCAAUUGAUUUGCCUGGUAUGGAGGAGAAAGAUGGUCUUCCUGUGGAAGCAUUUGCAAAAGUUCAGGAGAUUUUUAGCAAUGUGGAUUGGCUGGAUCCAAAGACAGAUGUAACACUUAAUGUCCUCCAGCAGAUUGCCUCAUCAGGUGCUCUUCAGAAACUGGAUAGUGCUUCUGUCCAUAACACAGAAGCAGGCAGCUUGUUGCUGGAAUCAGCUUCUGCAAAUCUUAAAUCAGAAGUGAAGGCAUCAGAAAACAAUAUCAAGGAUCCCACAUCCGUGGCUCAGGGGAAACAUGACAGUGCUUCUGCUUAUACUGCAGAGACAGGCAAUUUGUUGCUAGAAUCACUUCCUGCAAAACUUAUAUCAGAACCAAAGGCAGCAGAAAAUAGUAUCAAGAGUCCCCAAUAUAGGCCUCAUGGGAAGCAAUCUAUGUCUAGCUUUGAACCAUCCCUAAAUGCUAAUUUGAUUAGAAAAAACAUUGAACCCCAGGAACUGCAAGUUGCUCUCCUACGGCCUGCCCAAUCUAAAAUCAUAUCUCAGCGAGCACCUCAAGCCUCCCGGUCUGCACCAGUUUCAUAUUGUAAUUCCUUGCAAGGAUCGCCUGUGCCAAUAUCAAGAUAUCACAGUGCACCCUCAGCCCUUGGCAUUACAGCUCUGUUGCAGGAUCACGCUGCAUCUAACAGUGUAGAAGAAAUCACACAUCCUGUGACCAUGUCUCCACCUUCCCAUGCCUCAUCAGCUCCUGAUUUAACUGUACCUAAAUCUGUGCAGCCUGGUAAGCUGUCUAUUCCUGCACCACCACCACUGUCAGCAUCACCUUCUUCAUUGCAAUCUUCUGGGCAUGCAACUGUAGAAAAGAUUUCCGCUGGUACUACACCUUCUCUGCCACCAGCACUUCCCCAACAAACUUCAAAUUCCUCGCUGUCUUUGCUUACCCAACACACUGAAACUACAUUACAGGGUAGAGGUCAGUCAGCAUUCAUUCCUCCUUCCCCCCCUCCACCUCCACCUCCUAAUCUAUCAGUGACAUCUUCACCCUCUGACAUCGAGGGCUCAGUUUUAGUCGCUCCUCACCCUCAAUGCACUUCUUUUUCAGGGGGAUCUCCAUCUUCCUCGGUCAAGAACUCUGUUUCAAUUCCCCCUCCUCCACCCCCUCCUUUUUCAGGGUCACCUCCGCUCCCUUCCUUCUUGGAGGCUUCUUUAUCAUCCUCUCUCAAGAACUCAAUUUCAGCUCCCCUUGCUCCUCCCCCUCCCACUUCCUUUCCAGAGGCAUCAUCUUCUCUCAAGAACACUAUCUCAGGCCCCCCUCCCCCUUCCUUCCAGGGAACAUCAUCCUCUUUCGAGAGCUCAGUUUCGCCCUGUCCUACUUCUUCAGCAGUCAUGUCUGGCCCCCCUCCACCUCCUCCGCUUCCUCAAUGUUCAGGGCCUGCCUCAACUUCUACUCUAACAUCUUCAGCGCCGCCACCGCCCCCUCCUCCAGCUUUUGCACCAAAGGAAUCUCUGUCCCAGAAUUCUGCACCAGUGCCACCCGUACCACCUCCUCCUCUUCCCAAUGGGGUAUCAAUAUCAGGUGGUGUCCCCACAGCACCUCAUUCCAGGGCUAGUAAUGGUAAUAUUCCUUCGAUUCCUGGACCACCUUCUGGUGUUCCCUUUAGUCUAAAGGGGCGGGGCCUCACACGUCCAAGUUCCAGAAAUCAGGCUCAACCUAAAAAGGCCAAUCUGAAGCCAUAUCAUUGGCUAAAAUUAACAAGAGCGAUGCAAGGAAGCUUAUGGGCUGAAGCACAAAAGGCUGAUGAAGCAACCAAGCCUCCAGAGUUUGACAUGUCUGAACUCGAGAGUCUUUUUUCUGCGGUUACUCCAAAUUCAGACCAUGGAAAUACAGGAGGAAAAUCUAGUCGUCGCACCACAGGACCUAAAUCUGAAAAAGUUCAGCUGAUUGAGCUAAGGCGGGCAUAUAAUUGUGAAAUAAUGCUUUCUAAAGUUAAAAUCCCUUUGCCUGAUGUGAUGAGUUCAGUGCUUGCCUUGGAUGAUUCAGCAUUAGAUAUUGAUCAGGUUGAGAACCUCAUAAAAUUUUGUCCAACAAAGGAAGAGAUGGAAUUACUCAAGGGUUACAGUGGAGAUAAGGAAAACUUGGGAAGAUGUGAACAAUUUUUUCUUGAAUUAAUGAAAGUUCCCCGGGUAGAGCCGAAGCUCAGAGUUUUCUCAUUUAAAAUACAAUUCCAUUCCCAGGUUUCCGACCUUAGAAAGAAUUUGAACACAGUCAAUUCAGUAGCUGAUCAGAUCAGAAGUUCGGAAAAGCUGAAAAGGAUCAUGCAAACAAUUCUUUCUCUGGGUAAUGCCUUGAACCAUGGGACUGCAAGAGGUUCUGCUAUUGGAUUUCGAUUGGAUAGUCUCCUUAAGCUCACUGAUACACGAGCCCGGAAUAACAAGAUGACUCUUAUGCAUUACCUUUGUAAGGUGCUUGCGGAGAAGCUGCCAGAACUUCUUGAUUUUCCAAAAGACCUCACAAGUUUGGAGGCUUCAACGAAGAUACAAUUGAAAUAUUUGGCAGAGGAAAUGCAAGCCAUCAGUAAAGGGCUAGAGAAGGUUGUACAAGAGUUGACUGCCUCAGAAAAUGAUGGUCCUGUGUCAGAAACUUUUUGCAAGACACUAAAGGAGUUCCUUAGUCAUGCCGAAGCUGAAGUGAGGUCUUUGGCUUCACUUUAUUCUAAUGUGGGGAGAAAUGCAGAUGCAUUGGCUCUUUAUUUUGGGGAAGAUCCUGCUCGCUGCCCAUUUGAACAAGUUGUAUCUACUCUGCUCAACUUUGUGAGGAUGUUUGCCCGAGCGCACGAGGAAAACUGUAAGCAGCUUGAAUUUGAAAAGAAGAAAGCACAGAAGGGGGCGGAAAACGAGAAAAUGAAAGCGGGAACUGUUCCCAAAAAGGAGCUCUUGAUACAGACUCCCAUUAAGAGUGGCAACAUUAAAUCAUAAAGAACUAUUUCACCAUAUUUUUUUCCAGCAACCAAAGCCGUUCUCCAAUGGAUGUAAUUUUUUUUUCACUCCAUGGAUGAAAAUCCCUUCAAAGGAUUGAGAGCACAAAAACAACUGGAACCACCAAUUCUGAUGAUCUGGAGAAGAAUGUUUUCCUCAUGAUUUAAAGUAAUGCUGGUGGUUUGCAGAAGGGGAGAGGUCCACCUUAAUUAAGUUGCUGGAGUUUUAUGGAGUUCCCCUGUUCGAUGAGCCACUUGUAAGAUACAACUGAGGAAUUUUGUUGUAAAAAUACAUGCAAUAUAGUCAGCUUAGUUUCCCUUUAUCUAUUACUAAUUUUAGUUAUAUUUUUUUCAUAUGUAUAUUUUUUUUAGUUAUAGGGAUGUAAAUCUUUUAUAUAAAAUAGUAGUAAAGU